UACCAGCAGGCUGAGUGGAUGCACACCAGCAGCCAAUGGGACUAUCAGUCCAUCCGGACAUCUGUACCAUCGGCAGCAGUUGGAAGAGCUCCACCAACUGAAAUUCAUCGCCCUGCACCCCCAGCUGAGAUUCCGGGGCCUGCACCUCCAGCUGAGAUUCCGGGGCCUGCACCCCCAGCUGAGGAUCAAGAAAUGGAACCAGUGCCUAUAGUCCCUGCUGGGGAAGAGCCCAUGGAUCCACUGACUUCCGCCAUGGGUGAUGAAUACAUUUCCCUACAGAGGAGGCAAACAUUGACCUGUGAGAGUCUAACGUCAACCUGUGAAAGAAUGCAGAGGGACCAACGCAGGUUCCAUAGGAGCCAACAGCGUUUACAACAGCGAUCCAUUGAGCUGCAAAGGGACAUGGCAGCAUCUGUAACUGCUAUGUUACAAAACCAAUCACAAAUGCUGAGAGUCAUUUCGGACAUGCAAAUCCAGAGUGACCACAGAUGGAGGGAACAGAACCAACUGUUGGGUGUGUUGGUGGAGCAUUUCACCCACCAGCAGGACAUCGCCUCAAGCAUCUCGUCUGUGACCAGCACUCCUACUGGAUCCACACAACCCAGGAGAGGCAGGAGACCCACUCCAGGCCCCUCAGCCCCCUCAUCUAAGAGGCCUAAAAGAAAAUAAAUCUUAUUCUAUUUCAUCCAAAA